AUGUACCAGGCUGUGCUGACCAAGAAGGUAAAAAAGCCACCUGCCUGCCAGCAAUGUAGGAGAAGAAAGAUUGGCUGUGAUCGUGGGAAACCUAUAUGUGGUAACUGCCUAAAGCAAGGAAAGACAGAUUGUUUUUAUCCCAAGGUCCCUGGUGGAGCUAGUGCUGACUAUACGAGCCUGAAUGGGCAAGUAGGGCAGUUGCCGACUGAUUUCACUAAGGCGAAAUUUACUGUCGACAAGUCAAGUAAAUCGAAGCAAUCGGGUUAUAAAAAUUCCAUUUUACCUGGAGAAAAUGGUUCUCAUAGGCGGCUGGAGUUGGAGUUAUCUACUGUGGAGAAACUCAGGGAGUAUCAGACUGCUUUGCAAUUAUUCAAUGCACAUAAUCCAGAUUCGUUAGCGACAUCUAGUUCCUAUGAUAAUUAUAAACUGGGAGCGUUCAGAUCUUCAAAUUAUUUGAACUGGCAUGAAGAUUCUGCUGAAUACGAUAUAAUGACUACCACAAUGACCCAAGAGGAAGUAAUUGAUAAAGAAAUGGAAUAUUUGAAGGACAGACUUGCGGAAUUGAAAAGCUAUGCUUUAGACAGGCGAUUAAUUUCCACAAAAGACUCCGAAUUAAAUUCAUCAAACUCCAAGAAACGGUCAUUUGAAGAAGUAACUCAAGAUGAUAAUAUUUAUGAUGAUGAAGAUGGAGAAUUUCUUUUGCGUCCCAUAUUUGAUUACCAACUUCCACAGGCAUCUGAUACUCUUAUAGUGAAGGAGGUAUUCAAUGCUUUGUAUUCACCCUCCUUUUUGAUGACACUUGAUAAUGUAUUAUUGCAAUUUUUUGGUAAUACUUUGGGUUCAUUCAAUGAAGAACAGAUGGCUGAGUUUAAAAAGCUGAAGGUCGAAAAGAAGGCUGGAUUGGAUGUGGAAGCAGUAUCACAAUCAUCACUUAUAAUACCAUCAUCUAAUACUUUGAGAAAUAUUGGUGAUUUUUACUUUGAUGUGGCUAUUCCUUCAAAGUAUUUUGACCUACUCAAUAAAAAUGAAUAUGAUACACUGAUACCAAGCAGUCAUAAGAGUGAUAGUGCAAUCUCUAUCAAUGGGCUUUCAAUCGAUGAUAUAGCAGCAGUAGGUAUUCUGUCUAUUAUUGCGUUAAUAGUAUUUGAAGCCCUGCUAUCGAUGAAUGACUUAAGUAGAAGUCAAAAAUCAUUGUUCGAACUACUCAAGCAGAAUUACGAAUCCUUGAUUGCUAAUCUAUUCUUAGUUAAAAAUGAAUUAAAUUUCAAGAACCAUUCAUUACAAUCAAUGCGGGUGUUGAAAUUCUACAUUUUUAUGAAAUUCUUUGAUUCUAUUUCAGUUUCUAGGAGUAUCGUAAAUGCUAACGAUAAUGAUGAAGAUAUCUAUCUUGCUCGGGCUCUUAGAAUCAAUAAUUGCUCCAAUUCAUCCGAGAAUGAAGAAAAAAUACAUAUAUGGAAUAUUUUAUUGCGGUUAUACCAGGAUAGAAAGCUUAAUAAAGGUACCAUUCCAAUAUACUCACAAGAUAUUAACGAUAAUUCAACAAAUGUUACUGAUUCUCUUUUACUGAAGAACUUGCCAUUCUAUGAUGCUGCUAGUAGUCUCGUAGACUAUUUAAUGAUCAGAGAUGCUAGGUUAUCUUCGCUGGAGCUUGCUGAGAGAGUUAAUAAUGUCGAGAAAACAAUAGCAUCGAAUAAGCUGGAAUGUAUAAACACUCCUUAUUUUCUAUUAAAUGAUUACAACUGUUGGCUGCUAGGUAAAACCAGUGUAUUAAGCGUACAAUAUUUCCAGUUGUUAGGUAUAGAAGCAGAGAGAUUGUUAUCGCCAGCACAGCAUUUCAGUCAAAUGCAAUCAAUAAUCGAGCAUGUGAAAGAUGCAUUGCUCCACUCUUUGUUUUACAAUACUAGCGGCAUUUCUGAAAACUUUAUGUAUCUCACUUUAAGCAAAGCACUGACCAGCGUAGAGUCUGCAUGUUUAAUUACGUUUGGAAUAUUACAAAGAUGUAGAUUGCAGCUCGAUUCUUUUAAUGACAAUGAAGAGUACGGUGAGCCGGAUAAUCAAGAAGAGCUCAAUGAAACCAAAGAGUUAGAAGAAACGAAUAAUCAUAAGAAAGAAAUUAUCAGGAGAAUAGUUGAAAAGCUUGAGGAUGUUUUGAAGAAAGUGUACUGUUAUUUGGUUGAUUGGGCUACGAAAUCAGAAGGCCUAAAUCUAAAAGCUGCCAACUUGGCGAAAAAAUUGAGGAUAUUCAUCAAGUAUUUCUUGCACACACCAAAAGAAAGCUUUACUCCAGAUAUUGACUGGAAGGAGUACCUAAGUGAGCGUGUUGGUGAAAUAGAUAUCGAAGCAUACCGUAAGCUUUACUAUUUGUCAGAGAAUUUAUCAGAGAAAUUAAUGAAUUCUGUGGUGUAUGAGGGGAAAUCGAAACAACUAAUACACGAAUCAGGUAAAUUCAACGCUCCUCUUGUGGAUGAAUCAAUACUACACGACUUUUUUGAAGCAUUUUUCUGA